UAUGACAGCAAUCAGUUAUGUGUUGUCAAAAGUUCGUACGAUAAACAUGUGGAGCAUUGGUAUAAAAAGAUCGUGAUAGAUAACAUUGACUUACUUUAAUAACAUAACUUGAAAUAUGUGUUGGAAAUAGUACUUAACUUGAAACUAGUUACUUAAAAAAAAUUUAAAAUGCUUCCCGGUUACGGUCCUGUGACGCAAGCCCUUCUAGGCACCAUUCUGACGUGGGGUCUAACUGCAGCGGGGGCUGGAUGUGUGUUUUUUAUCAGAGGAAAACAUAGAAAAUUACUAGAUGUGUCGCUGGGUUUCGCUGCUGGUGUGAUGACGGCAGCUUCUUACUGGUCCUUAUUGGAGCCAGCGAUUGAGAUGUGUGUGGAAUCUGGAUUAUAUGGUGACAAAGGGCAGUAUGCAUUCCUGCCGGUAGCUGUGGGUUUCUUGUUUGGUGCUGUGUUUGUAUUUGGGACAGACAGAUUUCUUGAUUACCUUGGACUCAACUCAACAAACAUGAUGUUAUCUAUAACGAAGAGUAAGGAUUCUAAAGAGAAGGUGGAAGAUUUGGAGAUGAUGACGGCGCUGGCCAGGCGACCAUCCAAUCCUACAGUGGUGACCAUGGAGACCCAGCCAGCCGAGUUCGCGGACUGCAUCAGCAACCAGCACACGGCGCAGAGGAGAAGGGGCCACCACAACUCGCAGCAUUCUCUGAAAUCUGACAACGGAGAUGGUGAUAGGCGGGAUAGCGUGGCUCGAGCCUUAGAAGCUCGUCAGUCACAGUGGAAGAGGAUAAUGCUGCUGGUUGUGGCCAUCACAGUACACAAUAUACCCGAAGGUCUGGCGGUGGGGGUCGGCUUUGGAGCGGCUGCCUCAUCACCUACAGCCUCCUUCCAUAGCGCCAGAAAUCUAGCGCUGGGGAUCGGCAUCCAGAACUUCCCCGAGGGCCUGGCCGUCAGUUUGCCCCUCCAUUCGGCUGGAUUCUCCGUCUGGAGAGCCUUCUGGUACGGCCAGUUGUCUGGUAUGGUCGAGCCGGUGUUCGGUGUCCUGGGAGCUGUGGCUGUGGCUGCGGCCCAGCCGGCGCUGCCAUACGCGUUAGCAUUCGCAGCUGGCGCCAUGAUAUACGUGGUCGCUGAUGACAUCAUACCUGAGGCUAACGCAUCCGGCAACGGUAAGCUGGCGACCUGGGGCUGCAUCGUCGGCUUCGUGGUUAUGAUGAGUCUAGACGUGGGGCUGGGGUAACACCGGUGCUCUACAUAGCUCAAUACCUACAUACCAAUGUAUACACACAUAAAUAUCGAGAUAAUUAUUUAAAUGCAAAUAAAACUAUUGUUUUUUAUUCAUUACAACCGUCAGCUUACAUUCGUAUGCGACGUUUUUAAUUGUAUAUUUAUAUAAUUAUCUCAAUAUGUAUUAUAUUCCGUUGUAUAGGAUUUUAAAGAUUUGUAAAUAUAUAAUAAAAAGAGGACUUACGGACAGACCAUAAGUAUUACGUGUUGAAUGAGUUUGAAACAGUUCCUGCACAAAACUGUACAAGACGAAGGUAAAUUUCCGACGACCCGGCGAUGAAUAUUGAUUUAUUUAUAAUUAUAUGGAUUAAUAUAAUUUAAUUUUAGCAUUAAGUGUUUUAUUUCAGUAACAUAUGUAUGUGAUUAAGACGUAAUUAUUUUUCAUAUAAAAAUAUUAUAAAAAAUAAUUUAAGUACUCAAUAUAUAUAUAAUAUUUUUGGCAGAAUUUUUCGAUGUUUAUUCAUAUAACAUAAUUUAUUACGCUGUAAAUAUUUCUAUCGAAUUGACAAUAUAUUGUAUCGCGGUGCGCGUAACCGAGCGGUUACAGUAAGUUAGUGGAACCAAAUGUCUCCAGUGAUGUUAGGUUAAGUAUUCAAUCUGUAUUAAGUCAAUUGUAUCCGUAACUGGAAUGUUUGGAAAGCGAUUUGAUAAGAUGCGUCUUAUUAAAAAAAUAGUAUGUAAAAAUUAUAUGAAAUAUAAUUUUAUUAUUAUUGAAA